AUGGUUUGGGCGAAAGGUUUAUUCGUGCUACUGAACGUUGCGUUCUCUGCUGUUGUGCGUGCAGAGACGCAUACGUUCCACUGGAAAACGGGUAUAGGCAAGCGCAAUCUGGAUGGAUUAAAGGAGCGGGAAGUGAUUACCUGUAACGGUGAGUUUCCUUGGCCUGAUAUCAGGGUUAAGAGAGGAGAUCGUGUUGAGGUUUUCUUGACCAAUGGGUUCAGUGAGUGGAACACUUCGUUACAUUUCCAUGGGAUGUUCCAGAAUGGUACGUCGCAGAUGGACGGGCCGGAGAUGGUGACUCAAUGUCCAAUUGCGCCAAAUGACACUAUGUUGUAUAACUUUACCGUGGAACACAACAAGGGAACUUUCUGGUACCACUCUCAUACGCCAGGUCACUACCAGGAUGGUAUGAAGGGUUUGUUUAUUAUCGAGGAAGAUGAGUUCCCAUAUGAGUAUGAUAAGGAGGUGACUAUUCAGUUGAGUGAAUGGUAUCAUGAACUUUCUGCGAACAUCAUGCCUCGGUUUUUGAACUUGUACAACCCUACCGGUGCAGAACCCAUUCCUCAAAGUUUACUUAUUAACAACACUAUGAAUUUGACGUGGAAUGUGGAGCCUGACACUACAUACUUGCUACGUAUAGUGAAUACUGGUGGUUUUGUGUCGCAAUACUUUUGGAUUGAGGACCAUGACUUAACGGUGGUGGAGGUGGAUGGUGUAUUUGUGGAGAAGAAUACGACGAACAUGCUUUAUAUUACAACUGCCCAACGUUACUCUGUUUUGUUGCACACUAAGAGUGAUACUUCGAAGAAUUACGCUAUUAUGCAAUGCUUCGAUGAGAAUAUGUUGGAUGCAACGCCUCCUGAUUUGGUGUUGAACCACACAUCUUACUUGACAUAUAAUGCUGAUGCUGAAACACCUGAGGAGCAGAUUGUACCAGAGUGGGAUUACUUGGAUGAUUUCUACUUGACGCCUAUUGGUGAAGAUAAGAUCGAAGCCUUUGGUGAGCCUGACAAUGAUAUCGUUGUGCAUGUGGAGAUGGACAACUUGCUUAACGGUGUUAACUACGCUUUUUUCAACAACAUUACCUACACAGAACCUAAAGUCCCAACGUUGAUGACUGUUUUGAGUGCAGGGGAGCAAGCCACCAAUCCUGUCGUAUAUGGUAGCAACACACACACUUAUGUUCUAGGCAAGGACGAGGUUGUGCAGAUUGUCCUCAACAACCACGAUACAGGUAGACAUCCUUUCCAUUUGCACGGUCACACGUUCCAGGUGGUUGCCAGAGGUCCACCUGCAGCUCCUCAAGAUGGACUAGAUAAUGCUGACCCUAUCGAGUACAACGCUGAGGCAGGUGAAUCUGAAAUCAGAGAAUACCCAAUGACUAGAGACACUGUGUAUGUCAAUGGUAAAUCUUAUUUAGUAUUAAGAUUCAAAGCAAACAAUCCAGGUGUUUGGUUCUUCCACUGUCAUAUCGAGUGGCACAUGAUGCAAGGUUUGUCGUUAACUCUAGUUGAAGCCCCAGAAGAGAUUCAAAAGUCGGAAUCUCAACAAUUGACUGAAACUGCUAAAAAUGCCUGUAUCAACAACGGCAUCAGCCCCGUUGGUAAUGCCGCUGGUAAUUCCAAGGACUUUUUGGAUCUCGCAGGUCAAAAUGUUCAGCAGAAAGCUAUCCCGGCUGGUUUCACUCCUAAGGGUAUCGUUGCUAUGUUCUUCUCAUGUCUAGUUGCCAUUUUAGGUCUAAUAACUAUUGCUGUUUACGGCCUCAUGGAUGUUCAAGACAUAGAAGAGAAAGUUAUAGAGGACCUAGGCGUCGACGUAAGCAACACUGAGUCUAUCGAUGAACACGGCGAUUCUAUCUCUACUGAUAAUAAGAAUUAA